AUGCCCAGGGAAGUCGAACCCUCCAUCAAUGAAUCCCAAUUCCUGCACCACGCCCUCUCCCAAGGCCUGCGCCUCGAUUCGCGCCAGCCGUACGAGCUGCGAACGAUCGAGCUCGACUUUCUGCGAGGCUCGUUGGGUGCGGUCGAGUGUCGGUUGGGGCAGACGAGGUAGGCAUUCGUUGCACCGGAUUGCAAGAGAUCCUUUUAGUGAUUCAGAAGCAGCUCAUAUUGCCCCUCGUUCAUGUAGAGUCCUGGCCCAAGUCUCGGCCGAGAUCGUCAGGCCGCUACCCGAUCGACCGUACGAAGGCUUUCUCAACGUCUCGACCGAGCUCUCUCCCAUGGCAUCCACAAAUUACGAAGCCGGGAGGUGAGCCACAGCUGGAUAUGGACCCGUUGCCGAUUCCCAUAAGACAGACUGGCUGAUGCAAGUUCUCUCCGACGUGCAUCCCUGACUUCACAGAACAUCGGAUGAGCAAACCCUCCUUACGAGGCUACUGGAAAAGACUUUACGGAGAAGCGAAUGCGUAGAUCGAGAAGCAUUAUGCAUCGUCGCUGGGCAAAGGGUAGGUUCGAUCGUAUCGACAGAGAGCAGGGUGAGAUGAAAAUCUGAUCCUUUGCGCCCGUGCGCACAGGUGUGGUCUAUUCGAGUCGAUGUACACUUCUUGGACGAUCAAGGCAAUCUGUUGGAUUGUGCAUCCAUUGCUGCUAUCACGGCUUUGAGGCAUUUCAGAAAACCGGAUGUCCAGGUCGUCGGGGAGGAAGUCAUUGUGGUGAGUCGUGACACUCAGGGGUUCACUCGAAGACGCCCUAAAUUUAAGUGUGAUGUGUUGCAGUACUCUAUGACGGAGCGAGUACCGGUACUCUUGGCGAUCCACCAUACUCCGAUAUGCUUGACGUUUGCUUUCUUCGGUGACGAGUGAGUUCCGGAAUCCACCACCCGCAAUCUCAGGCUUCUCAUUUCGUUCUGUGAGCGUACACACUCAUCUGACCCCCUCCCGGACCCCUCUCAGUUCCACCCCCCUCCUCGACCCCUCCCUGCUCGAGUCUCAACUCUGUUCCGGCACCUUGACUCUAACCCUCAACGCCCAACAAGAGAUCUGCGUACUUUCCAAGGCCGGUGGUGCACCCUUACCCGCGGAUGAUAUCAUGAAGGUCGUAAUGAUCGGAACACAGAGAGUCAAGGAGGUGGAUGCGUUUAUUAAGAAAGAGUUGGAGAGGGAUGAGAAGAGACGAAGGGUCGAGGUGCGGUAG